GGUUCACAUGAAGUGAUUGCCUCGUGGAUCAGAUGAACAAAUGGGCAAAACUCGCAGAAAGAGUGUUAAGAGUGAAGACGAACAGGAGGAGGGCACGAGUGGUCAGUAUUGGGCGACCGGAGUGUUGGACUGGCGGGUCGAUGAGUCCGGAGUCAUGUUAUAUCUGCUGCGAUGGUAUGGCUAUACGGAUGACCAGAACACAUGGGAAGUGCAGGAACACCUGUCAGGAUGCGAUCAACUCCUCGUCGACUUCCACUUGAAUCAAGUCAAUGGAAGACACCCUCCGAAGGGCUCGUUCGAGGAAUUCAAGAAACUUCUCAAAUAUUUGUCACAACUCUUCGACGACAACGAUUUGGCGGUUCUUAAGAGGUUCGCGAAGAAGCCAAUCGAUUGCUUCAAAAUCAGAGACAAUGUUGUGUUGAAAGAGAUCUGGAAAGCGAUGAGAACUCAAAUCGAUAUCCUCUAUGAACGCGAGAAAUGUCUUAAGAAUAGAUCAAAGACAGAGCUACGGAAGUGUCAGAACGCUGUGGCCAUUGUGGCCACGAAUCUGAAUAUAAACGCCAAUUUUGAAUCCGUUCCGCACUUCUUUGACUUUGUGGACAAACGAAGAGUUUUCACUAAAGAACUCGAGAAUUGGGAAAACACUCAAAACCAAGUGAUUGUGAGUGAGAGUGACGGUCGACCCAUUCGAGUGGUCAAUGAUGUAGACCUCGAGAUGCCGGGUCUGAAGGGAUACAUCACUGAAUAUAUUCUUGACGUCCAGUUCGGGCAAAACAUACGGUUUGAAAAGGAGGAGCCAUUAGUGGGCUGUGAGUGCACCGACUGUUACGACUCGCGAGAUGAGUGCUGUACUGCAGUGGUUGGCUAUCCUAUGGUUUACACAAAUAAAGGAGUUCUCAACAAAGCCUAUAAUACUCUUAUAUAUGAAUGCAAUGACAAAUGCAAGUGCAGUGACAGCUGUCCCAACCGACAGGUCCAAAGGGGCCGA